CCAUAAGCUGCUGCCUCUUUCACUCCGUGGCAGUGAGACUCUGACAGGACCAUGGCCCUGAUGCAGGCUCCAGGGGGCCCCAGCCCUGGGCAGACCUGCGCACUGAUCCUCAUCUUCACGGUGCUCCUGCAGGCCCUCUGUGUGGCCGUGACUUACGUGUACUUCACCAACGAGCUGAAGCAGAUGCAGGACAAGUACUCCAAAAGUGGCAUAGCCUGCUUCUUAAAGGACGAUGACAGUUCUUGGGAUGCCAGUGAUGACGAGAGUAUGAUCAACCCCUGCUGGCAUGUAAAGUGGCAACUCCGUCAGUUUGUUAGAAAGAUCAUUUUGAGAACCUAUGAGGAAACCAUUCCUUCAAUUCCAGAAAAGCAACAAAAUCUUCCUCACCUAGAAAGAGAAAAAGGUCCUCAGAGGGUAGCUGCUCACAUAACUGGGACCAAUCGGAAAAGCACCUUCUCAGUUCUAAGCUCCAAGAAUGAAAAAGCUUUGGGCCAGAAAAUAAAUUCCUGGGAGUCGUCAAGAAAAGGACAUUCAUUCUUGAAUAAUUUGCACUUGAGGAAUGGAGAGCUGGUUAUCCACCAAACAGGGUUUUAUUACAUCUAUUCCCAAACAUACUUUCGAUUUCAGGAAACUGAGGCAGUUUUGGGAACAGUUUCAACAGAAGAGAACAGAAAGAAAAACAAACAAAUGGUACAAUAUAUUUACAAAUGCACAGGCUAUCCUGACCCCAUACUGCUGAUGAAAAGUGCUAGAAAUAGUUGUUGGUCUAAAGAUUCAGAAUAUGGACUCUAUUCCAUCUAUCAAGGUGGAAUAUUUGAGCUUAAGGAAAAUGAUCGCAUUUUUGUCUCUGUAACUAAUGAGCAAUUGAUUGACAUGGACCAAGAAGCCAGUUUUUUCGGGGCCUUUUUAAUUGGCUAAAUGAUCUGCAAAGAAAAAACAGUGCCCCCAGAGAGACCUUUCACUUUUCAGAGUGAUAUACUGUGAAAAGACUGCAAAAGAGCUGACAAAAUAAGGCAGCCUGAGCAGAGCAGCCUCAAUCACAAGAUUCUACAACACAAGCUUUUUUUGGUAUCUCUGAAAAGUGACCAACUUAUUCCAAGAAAGAGAAACUGACAAAAGACCUUCUGGGACUCUACCUGAUAUCAGCUUGCUAGCAGAAAUCUAGAAGGUUCUCAGUUUACAAACAUUUGUGUAGCAAUUAACAUCUUCUGCCUUAACCGUCUACUCUUGCGAAGAUACCAGAACACUGAAAGGUCACGGUCAGGGUAUGCAGUGUGCCAGAGGAGUUGGUGCAGUGCGGGGCCUUGUGGGAGUUGUCCUGUACCCUCGUACUCUUGGAAAUAAGAAAAUUCCAUUCGAAACCGUAUCAUUUCACUAAACAAAUUAAAGUUAUGUUUAGUGAACAAGGAACUAUUUUCGGUUGGCCAAAAAGUUCGUUCGGGAUUUUACGAAAUCGUAUGUAAAAACUCGAACGAACUUUUUGGCCAUCCCGAUAUUUCUGAAUGGCAUGUGCUUUUCACUCCCAAAAGUCAGGCUGACCGAAAGCACUGAAGAUAUUUUUGAUAAAAGACUCUAAAAUGAAUGAUAAGCUAAUCAGAAAUUGGGAAUUUGGCCCCUUGUGAGCAGGAGAACUGGGAAAGUGGGGAAAAAAAAAAGAACUGUUUGAUAAUGUAACUUAGGGAUGGGCAAGAAUUAAUUAUGACUCUAUAUUUUUAUACUAAAAUUUAAAAAUGUGUUUCUUUUUCAAUAAAAAUGACAUGUUAAAAUA